AUGGCAUCAAAGUUUUUACGGGAGUAUAAGCUGGUCGUAGUUGGCGGCGGUGGUGUAGGCAAAUCUUGCUUGACCAUUCAAUUGAUACAGAGCCACUUCGUCGACGAAUAUGAUCCUACCAUUGAAGACUCAUACCGUAAGCAAUGCGUCAUUGACGAUGAAGUUGCCCUACUCGACGUUCUAGACACGGCCGGCCAGGAAGAGUAUUCGGCUAUGCGAGAACAGUACAUGCGCACUGGAGAAGGAUUUCUCCUAGUUUACUCCAUUACGUCCGAUCAAAGUUUUGAAGAGAUCCGCACUUUUCAACAACAGAUUCUGCGAGUAAAAGACAAGGAUCCCACAGACUACUUCCCGAUGGUCGUUGUGGGCAACAAAUGCGAUUUGGAGAACGAACGAGAAGUUCCCCGACAAGAUGGCGAGGCGCUUGCGAAGCAAUUCGGAUGCCCCUUCGUCGAGACAUCCGCUAAAUCCCGAACAAAUGUCGACAAGGCUUUCUUCGACCUCGUCCGGGAAAUUCGCCAUUACAACCGCAACAUGCAAGGUCUAUCGACAAACAGUGGUGGCAACGGUGGCGCGAAUGGCAAUAUUAGCAAGAUGGAAAUGAACGAAGGCGAGUCCGAGGCUGGCUGCUGCGCCAAGUGCAUAGUCCUAUGA